CCCAUCCGGUAUGGAUUUAAUUUACCGUAUUUUGCAAAUAGUUGGAUGACUCGCGUAGCGCCAGGACGUUGGACACAACAGACAGAAUUCCCUAAUGAUUUACCAUGUAUUUUACUACAUUACCGUAACAAAAAUCUAUAUAAAACUAUUACAACAAAUGAAGUAAAAAAUAAUCGUUUACCGCGAACUUAUAAUUCUUUUUAAAAAACAAAUGAAAGUGCCAAAAUGGUGAAAAAUUGUGGUUCGAGCGUCUUGUGCUUAUGUUUUGUGUAUUUUCUAUUGUUUGUGGAUAUGACGAUCUGCAUACAAGCCCAUGGAAAUCCUUCAACAGAAUUCAGCAAACACAGUGUGGUUAAACCCAAAUUGCGGCAUGGCAGAACGAAGAGAGAAAUUUCAUCUACACAAGAUUUGACGGGCACUCACCACCGCGAUGUGAUCAUAACGGUGGCCAUCGACGGCGAAGAACAGGAAUUAGAGCUGCAACUCAACGAAGACCUGGUGCCCCGAGGACACUCCCUGUCCUACCAGAAGGAUGGCCGGACCAUAGUUCACGUGCCAGAGAGAGAGGAAUUGGACUUGUGCCAGUAUUCGGGCCACGUCCGCGGUAAGCCAGGCUCGUGGACCGCAGUGUCCACGUGCGACGGAGUGAAGGGCGUCAUCUACGAUGGUGAGCAACUGCGGUACAUCGAGCCUGCACACGGUGAUAUAGACGGGGAACAUUUCGUCUACUCUCACGAGCAUCUGACGAAAAAACACCGGUGUGGCGUCGGGAGUGGCUCUAAACACAACUUCAGUCAUAACCCUGACUAUCCUUUGCUGUUUCAGCAAGACGAUAAGCUGGGCAGGUCCAGUCGGGACAAACGCCAAACUUUCGACGACACUUUUGUCCGAGAGCCAUACAACUCAAACGAGCGCUCGCGCUACGUAGAAUUAGUGCUGGUUGUUGAUCACGGGGAGUUCAUCGCCAGCGGCCAGGACCUGAGGCUGGUACAUCGGCGGAUGAAGGACCUGACUAAUAUCAUCAACUCGGUGUACGCUCCUCUGAACAUCUUCAUAUCCCUGGUGGGUGUCGAAGUCUGGACAGAACACGACAAGAUCUCAUUGGAAAUGAAUAGCGACACCACUCUCGAGAACUUUAACAAGUACCGGAGUACCGAUCUCAUCCAUAGGAUACCCAACGACAAUGCUCAUCUGAUCACCCAUCAGAAAUUUGAGGGGAGCGUCGUUGGCAAGGCACACUCGGCCAAGAUGUGUUCCAACCAGUGGUCUUCCGGAGUGGAGACCAACCACUCCAGGGUGUUAGGAAUUAUGGCGAUGACUGUGGCACACGAAAUGGGACACAACUUCGGCAUGGGGCAUGACGAUGAGCAGGAAGGAUGUCUUUGCCCUGACAGGAGUUGCAUCAUGAGUUCGUAUAGCAGCAACUAUAUGGUUCCCGUCCGCUGGUCUACUUGCAGCUUGAGGAAUCUCACUCGGUCUUUUGAGAAGGGCUUGGACUACUGUCUACGUAACAUACCGAUUCGUCUCUUCGACUCCCCAACCUGCGGGAACGGGUUCCUGGAAGCUGGCGAGGAAUGCGACUGCGGGACUCCGCUUGGAGCAGAGUCUCCGUCAGACAGGGACCGGAAUGCAUGUGCGGCGUGCUGCAAGCCGGACUGCACACUGCGGGCCAACGCUACGUGUGCUAACGGCCAGUGCUGUGAUAUUAAGACAUGUCGUCCCAAGGCAACUGGCACGGAAUGCCGCGUCGCGAACGCCGAGUGUGACCUGCCGGAGUUCUGUAACGGGACGUCGCCAUUUUGUCCGCGCGAUGUGCACAAGAUGGACGCCACGCCUUGUCGGAAGGGACAGGCUUACUGCGUGCGAGGAUCUUGUCGGACCCACACGGAUCAGUGCCAGCUGCUGUGGGGAGUCACGGGGGAGAGAGCUGACGACGAGUGCUAUAUCAAACGCAACGUGGACGCCAACGACUACGGCAACUGCGGCCGCGACCGUGUGUCGCAGAUAUUCCGCCGCUGCGCGGCGCAAGACGUGUACUGCGGUAUGCUGCAGUGCAGCCAUCUUGAGGGGAAGAAUGCGAUCCAACUCGGCGACUACUUUGUGGCGAGGAUACAGAACUACCCCGUGCAGAAGGGCAGAGAUAAGGUGGUCCCGUGCCACACGGCCAUGAUCGACUUUGGGCUGAGGGACGUGGACCCAGGUCUGGUACCCGAUGGCGCCAAGUGCGGACCUGAUAAGAUGUGUAUGCAGCAGAAAUGCGUGUCGGUUGAGCGAGUGAGAGAGAUGUCUCAACGAGCGGCGGGCUCUGUCUAUUCUUGUAACUGCUCCGGACACGGCGUGUGUAACUCUAAUGGUAACUGCCACUGUGAUGCAGGCUACGCGCCACCGCUGUGCGAGCUGCCUGGCGCCGGGGGCUCUUAUGACUCCGGGCCCAUCUCCGAUACUACCAGUUUAUGGCGAUUCAUGGUGGCGAUGUACGUGAUUUUCUUAGGCAUCGUCCCUGCUAUCAUAUUAGUUCUACUCCUCAUAUACUUCUGUGCCUGUUGUUCCGUUCUACGCUACAAGAUUUUCAAAUCACACUAUAAAAAACCUACCUUUGAUUCUAAGUUUGCUCUACCUAGUUUAAAUUCUUUAAGAAAUUGGUUUUAUGUUAGUGAUAAAAUUAAUUGUAACACUACAAAGGAUAAUGUGAGAAAAAUUGUUACUGUCAAGAAUGAAUAUGGUAAUGAGUAUGCAGAAAUAUGUUAUGUUGAUAAACCUAAUACAGAUAUAGCUAAAAAGACAGAAAGAGAAAAGCUAAGAAAGACAAAAAAUGAAAGAGAACCUGUAAAAUUUAAACUUACAAUAAAUAAAGAGGACAUAGUUAUUGUUCAAAAGAAUACCCAUGUUCCUAUCCAUAAUAAUUAUAAUAAAACUGGGGUAAAUAAUUUAGAUGUAAUCAAACCUAAAAUUGAUGAUAUGAAACAUAUUGAGACAAUCACAGAGAAAAGUAACUCCAAUAUUCCUAAUUUUAAAGACUUAAAUAAAGAACUUGAAUUGCUUAAGAACAGUAAAAUGUCACCUGUAAAUAGACCUAAUCUUACUGUAAGUCCUAAAACUGCUAGUCUAAAACCUAGUGUAAGUCCUAAGCCUAGUGUUAGUCCUAAGCCUAGUGUAAGUCCAAAACCAGGUGUUAGUCCAAAGCCUAACAGACUGCCACAAGAAAAUAAACUUAAGCCAGAAAUAAUAAAUGCUGGUCUUACUUCUACGACUAGUGAGUUUCUUAAUCAAAGAUCGAAGCUGAGAAAAGUUGGCAAUGUAAAUGUUAAUAAAUAAUUUUAUAUUAUAAUGUACUUUUACAUAAAUAGAUUGCUUGGCAAGGAAGCAAAAUGACAUAUUUGUGGUGAGGGCAUAUAUUGAAUUAUGAAAAAAGCAAAAGUUUCUGUAGUUAAAUCAUGAGUAUUGCAAGGAUAUCAGAAAUGGAUUUUUUUUUAAUAAAUAAAUAUUAUAGGACAUUCUAACACAGAUUGACUGAGGCCCACGGUAAGCUCAAGAAGGCUUGUGUUGUGGGUACUCAGACAACGA